AUGGUUAGAACUUCACCAGAUCCGGAAGUGAAAAAGAGAAAAAACAGCGAGUGUGGGAAACAUGUGAAGAAAAAGAAAUUAAAAGAGGCGGUGCAUGAGCUGCAUGCUAUUCGUGAAGAUAAUGAGCAGAUCAAGAGUGAAAAGAAUUUCAUGAUUCAGAACCUGCAACUUAUGCAGGUUGGGAUCGAACAGCAGAAAGCUGAAUUUUGCGUUUCGCAGAACAAAGCAAUCACUGCACAAGAAAACAUUGUGGAGACUUUGUGGCAAGAGCUACUGACUCAGCAUCUUAUGGCAGGAUCUAACCAGCUUGAAGUUGCUGCGCAAUGUUCUGUGUCGUCUCUAAAUGCUGGUUGGGAUGAUAGGAUGCCAUCUAAAGCGAAGCAGUCAUCGGAUUGCAUCAUUGAGCUAAAACAUCGUCAGAUGGUGCUGAAAAUGAAGAUUGAUCUUUUAUGCAAAAUGAUCAUCAAUGACGAAUCCAAAAAACAAGCAUGA